ACAUCGGUCCGAAAUGAUGGCGUUCUACAGAGUUUCCGAGAUCGAAUGACAGACAAAUUCAAUCGAUUACGCCACAUUGUUGUUAGCUAAUCGAGAACGAUUAAUCGACUGUAACAAUAUGGCGUGUUGUUAUGCGGAUAUUUUUUGUCACAUCAUCAUUUCGUAUCUUUUGAAAAUUUAAAACGUAGUUCUAGUUAUGGCAGAAUUCAGUUAUGUUUGUUAUUUAAUAGUGCAUUGAUAAUAUCAAAUGUGAAAGAUAUUCUUAUCAACAAACAUCGUAAUUUCAUAAAUUCAUAAACCAUGUCGGAUUGUGCGAAAUUGUGUAUACCACUUCCCAAAAGUCUGACUGGUCACAUUAAGAUCUGCGAGAAUACUCAGCAGUAUGUCAUUAAUUUCUUGCAAAACUUAUUGCCAUCGUCCGAUCAUAAAGCUAUUCAAGAUGAGUUACGAAAGACUUACAUAUUUAGCAAGUUCAAAGUAAAACAUAAGCAGAAAGUGGAAAGAAAAUUCUUUUCUGCCAGGAAGAGAUUGCAAUUUGGUUUGAGCAGAGUUGGCAACAAGAAUCAGAUGAAAUAUUCUGAUCUUCUACCCUUAAAUCGACUGUGGCUGCAAUACAUGCAACAAAUGCUUGGUGUUGAAUCAUUUAUGAACAUACCAAAAAAUUCUAAUGAUCCAUAUUGGGAAAAUAUAAAUCUACAAUUGAUGAAAGCUGAUUUUCAUGGUGCUAGAAUUUCAAUUAAUCAAUCAAAAUGCCCUAGUUUGAUAGGAGUUAGAGGAAUCGUUAUACAAGAUACAAAGAAUACCUUUAGGGUUUGUGGAACAGACAAUAUUAUUCGAACGAUACCAAAGGAUGUGGUCAAGAUUAAUAUUCAUCUGGACAAUGAUAUAAUACUAAAAGCAUUUGGAAGAGAACUCUGCAUAAGGCCUGCCGAACGAGCAGUUAAAAAAUUUAAGAAUAGUUCAAUUGUAGCACUGUGAUACAUAUUAUGAUAAGUAUUUAGCAUAAUAUACUCAACAUAAUUUUUUAAUAAAUUCAAAUAAAAAAUCUUAAUAAAGAAUAUUGUGAAGAAAAAAAAUAAAUAUGAUAA